CCGUCCUUUUAUUCAUGCAGAAUGAUGUUCAUGCGUCAUAUGCAUCCUGUACUGUAAAACUCUUUUAUAUUUUCUUCUUAGAAUUAAUCUUGUUCUUUUUCUAUUUGCUGCAUGGACCUAUUAUAAGAGCGACGGAAAUCGUUUAUAUAUUAAGGGCUGUAAGUACAUGAUAUCAAUUGGGUAACGAUACGAGGUAAUCUCAUUACUACUUACCAUGGUAAAAGUACCAAAACCUUUUGCUUUGUUAAAUGUAAAAUUUCUCCGCAAAUAGAUUUUCUUCUCUCACAGGAGAAUUCUCUUAACUCUCAAUAAAAAAGACGUGCUUUCUCUCUCUUGUAUGUGCGUGCUCAGAAACAUAAAUCAGUGCAUAUGACAACGGAUGUAAUCAGCAUUUACGUAGAUACAUUUUCUACAGUUAUGCUAUUUCACACGUGUCCCGCAAAAUCACAUGUAUGUCAAGCAACAGAUCUUUUGCCAGGUGGUCACCCUAAGAUAGAUAUGACAUGCGAUCACAUUUAUGCAACAGUUGAAGUCACGCACUCAGAGAGAGAGAGAGAGAGAGAGAGAGAGAGAGAGAGAGAGAGAGAGAGAGAGAGAGAGAGAGAGAGGAGUGUGUAAAGGAGGAGACUUUUAGUGGUGUUAUUUAAUCUCGUUGAUAAAUUCUUGGAUGAAUUCACUUUAGACCGACCAUCACAACACUUCUUUAAGACUUUAUACUCUCUGCUCUCAUAUGAAUCACUCAGACACUCUGCAAGAGCUGGAAACUUGAACACUGAUCUGAUGCUCAGCAGGUUAACUUGAUAAACUUAGGUUAAAUUUAGAGUGGAUCUGCAUUGAUUGAAAGGCUUGCAAAUACAUCGAUGAUGGAUUUCCUGGUGGCUCUGCGUGAUUUCAUUCAAUUGUCAGCGCGCAGCGUUUUAUUAUCCCUGCUGGUUUGUUUAAUGCUCAUGUUCCGGCGUCGAUCCGGUCCGGGGCGGUUACCGGGUCCGUUCUCGUGGCCGAUCAUCGGUAACGCCGCUCAACUCGGUACCUCACCUCACUUUUAUUUCAGCCGGAUGGCUCAGAAAUAUGGCGACGUGUUUCAGAUCAAACUGGGCAGCCGAAACGUGGUGGUUCUUAACGGAGACGCAAUUAAAGAGGCGUUAAUUAAAAAAUCCGUCGAUUUCGCCGGCAGACCCGAUUUCGCUUCCUUCCAGUUCGUGUCCCAUGGUAAAAGCAUGGCCUUCGGUAACUACAGCCAGUGGUGGAAACUGCAUCGGAAGAUUGCCCACAGCACCGUGAGAAAUUUCUCCACAGCCAACAUCCACACCAGGCAGACGUUUGAGAAUCACAUCGUGUGCGAGAUCAGAGAGCUCAUCCACUUGUUUCAGGCCAAAACCCGCGAGCAGCAGUACUUCGAACCUCACCAGUAUUUGGUGGUGUCGGUGGCGAACACCAUGAGCGCCGUUUGCUUCGGGAACCGGUACGCGUAUGAUGAUGAGGAGUUCCAGCAGGUGGUGGGCAGGAACGAUCAGUUCACCAAGACAGUGGGAGCUGGAAGCAUCGUGGAUGUGAUGCCCUGGCUGCAGUACUUCCCAAACCCAAUCAAAACUCUCUUUGACCAGUUUAAGCAGCUCAACAAGGAGUUUAACGAGUUCAUUUAUUCCAAAGUGGCGGAGCACCGCAAGACUAUUUUAAUGAGCAUCGUCCGUGACAUGACUGACGCGUUCAUCGUUGCUCUGGAUAAAGGACUGGCAGGAGGGCCGGGGGUCUUUCUGGAUAAAGAGUACGUGCCACCGACCAUCUCAGAUAUUUUUGGGGCCAGUCAAGAUACUCUAUCUACGGCUCUACAGUGGAUCGUUCUGUUAAUAGUCAGGUAUCCAGAAGUCCAGAAACGUCUUCAGGAGGAUAUCGACCAAGUGACAGAUCGCAGUCGCCUUCCAACCAUCGCAGACCAGCCUCAUCUUCCAUACGUCACGGCUUUCAUCUACGAAGUCAUGCGAUUCACCUCGUUCGUCCCUCUUACGAUUCCCCACAGCACGACCACGGACACGUCCAUCAACGGAUAUCCCAUUCCUAAAGAUACCGUAAUUUUCGUCAAUCAGUGGUCUCUGAACCACGACCCGACCAAAUGGGACCAACCAGAGGUAUUCAACCCAGAGCGCUUCCUGGAGGAGGAUGGAGCUCUCAACAAAGACCUAACCACCAACGUCCUGAUCUUCUCCUUGGGAAAGCGUAGAUGCAUUGGAGAAGACGUGUCCAAAAUACAGCUUUUCCUCUUCACCUCUUUGCUGGUGCAUCAGUGUAAUUUUACAGCAGAAACUACUCCCAGCAUGGACUAUCAGUAUGGGCUCACGCUUAAACCCAGAUCCUUUAAAGUGUCUGUCACACUCCGUGACAGCGCAGAACUGCUGGAGAACUGGGUAGGAACGUCUCAGACUCCUACUCAAAAGAGACAGAGACCUCAAGAUUGAAGUGAAAUCAAAGCUUGCAAUUUAAAUACUUUGCCAAAUGAAGGUGGCUAAGAAAACAAACACUGAAGAAUUUUUCAUAUAUGCAUUUUAUCAAUAUAUUUAUAGAUGACAUACUCAGGCAAAAACUUUUUUUUUUGGCUCAGAAUGAGCUGCCGGAAUAGAAACACACCCAUUCAUUACUGUAACUACAUGAUGCACUGAUUUAUGGUAUGUUAUGCAAGAGAAGCAAAGCGGAAGCUACACAACAGGACAUUGCAUAGUUUAUUCAGACAAUAAAAGUUGGUUUCUAAGAGCAUUGAGACAUGCAUAGCAUUAUUCAGUCGAUAAAUAUGUGUUGCUAAUUCUAGUUCUUCUAGUUAGAAAAUAGACACGCAUUUAAUCUCAUUUAUAGAAGACCCUGAUUAUGCUUCAAUCUUUUAAUGCCAAUGUUUUUAUUAACUGGUUUAAAGUCAAUGUGAAAAGCUGUUCGCAACACAUUUUACUUUCAUAACGUAUUUCCAAAUGAAACGAUAUUUAAGGAAAACAAACUGUGGUGCAAUAAUUGUUUUUAUCUAUUUGAAACUGGAUUUUGAUAAAAGAUUACAGACAAAAUUAAUAUUUAAUAUUUGGAUUAACACGCACCACCCAAUCAUGCAUUAAAAAAUAGGGUUUACAUUUCAUGUUGACUUUAACACGUCUGUUAUUAUUUUAAUGACUGCAUUGAGCUUUAAAGGGGUCAUCGGAUGCAAAGUUCACUUUUACAUGUUGUUUGAACAUUAAUGUGUGUUGGCAGUGUAUGUACACAUCUACCCUAUAAUGAUAAAAAUCCAUGCAGUGGUUUUUAAUUAAUCUGUUAAAAUAAUAUUCCCUUUUUCAAAUCGAGCCAUUCUCAGAUGCCUGUCAGUGUGGCGUCCCCACAAUAGUUGACUGACAUGAGCAUCUUACCUCAGACCCGCCUUAAAUCAGCUGUAUCAGUCCGACCUCCAUUGUUUCGAUGCUGGAGCAGGGAUGUAAGUUAGACAAGAAUAUCUCUGAUUGAGCAAUUGAGGUGUUGUGUUGCUGGAUCUAAUUAUGAAUAUAGUGGUUGUCAUUUACUCCCAACAUCUGAGCCACUGAAUAAAUGCAGUGGAUUACAUUUGUUUGUUACGGGAAUGCGCCUCCCGAUCUACAUAAAUGCGUCUGUAUUCACACAAAUCAUUCAUGAUCCAGCUUCACUUCCAGCAGAAGUGAGUAUAAGGGGUUUUUUUUAUGAAUCUCUGCAAUUACAUUUCCUAAUAACGUGCUAGUUAGUAAGUGUCGUGGCUAAAUGCGCUAAAUGCGGCUAAAGUAAACAGGCUCGUCACUCCACAGGGAGAAUAGAGGGGCGGGCGAGCAGAGCUCAUUUGCAUUUAAAGCAACAGUUCAUCAGAAUGGGAUGAUUUUUGCAGAGCUCAUUUUGACAAGGUAAAAAGGGUGUUGUUUUACACUACCAUUGAGAAUUUUUAAUCAAAGUAUAUUAUAGACUUUUCAUUAAGACCCUAAAGAAUCAUAUCAACUUGUGAAAAAUGGGCAUCCGAUGACCCCUUUAAAGAACGUUUUUUUUGUUUAGUUGUUGCUUAGGGUACUUCAGCUCAAACUAGCCCUAUGCUGCAUUGUUAACGUCACUAUAUAGAGCUCAUAAAAUGAGACAUUUGUACAGUAUAAUUUUACAGCACUUUAUUGGUCUUCCUGAUACUAUUUCCUGAUUCUCACUAUGGCACAGUUAAAGUCUGUCCUUAUUAUUAUAGACUUCUAAGCAUUAAUCUAUUAUUAAAAAUAAACCAGCGGAUUUAACGCAGUCCACUUCCACUGUGUUCCCGCAACAUCCUCCCUAUCAAAUAUUGUCUGGAGAUCCUCACAGUGGGUCACAGGAAGUCUCCAGUCAAACUAUUCUGGACAUCUACGUCUAUUAUAAGUUGAAUGUGAUAUUUCAUAUCUGGCGCAUUAUGUUGUGUAGGCGAAAGGAAAUAUAUUUUGUGUCCCUCAGGUCCAUUUUAGUUAGGGGAAUCCUGAAGGGGAAAUUCAGGGUUUGUUAACUAACAUGUAUAGUAUGUGAUAUGAUUACUAAUUUUUCUCAUUUCUAACUGCUGCAAUAUAUUUUUGAACUGUAAUAGCGAUUUUUAUUCUACUGUAAUUUUACUGCACUUAUUAACAGACUGCUGGACUGUAUUUGAUCUACUAUAUUUUAUAUGCACAAGAUUGAUAUGUAGUUCCUAUUACGUGAUACCAACAUGUAAUAUUAUAUUUUUCUACUUCAUAUAAGCUCUGACAUUUUGCUGCUCUGUGAAUUCUAAACUGCAUUCAGUUUACAGUUUUUGUGAUUAAAUGUUCUGGUUUAUAUAAUAAAUAUAUAUAUAUAACACUCAAUAAAUGUAUAAGUCCAAAAAUGUAUAAUUUCUCAAGCUUUUAUGAUAAUAAAUGCAAUAUAA